UCCAAGCCUCCUCCUGCGACGCUGCAAGAAAACCAUUGGUUCCUUGCAUGAUUCUGUUGUCAGUCUCUUGUACCAACAUGAUCACAAGCUCCUUUCCUCCUCGUGAUCACUCUUCUCGGUCGACUUGAUGACCCUCAUCUUGCAGUUUUAUUGCUUGUAGAAGUCGAGCUCUUGUUGCAUCUUUGUGUGCCUUUGCUUACGUUUUGACAAUGAUCUACAGCGUCGACUUGAUCUAGCAACCAUGCGAUUUCCACCAUCUCUCCUGCUGCUCGGCUGGUCCAACAUCGCGAGAUCGGCAAUUAUCGACAGAAAAGAUGCGGAUGCUGGACAUUAUAUGUAUCUGGCCGGGUCGGGCGGCCAACAAGAGCUAGGAAAUACAAAGGACCACCGGUCGCACAGCCUGCGUGAUACCUUGGGAGCACUUCAGGUCAUGCAGAAUUCAUAUUUUGACCUCUCGACGGGGACAUGGCCCGCUGCUAUCGAUUGGACUGCGGCAGUCAUGGGCACUCAUGUCUCGGCGACCCUAUCCAGCAUUGUGGCCUCAGCCGACGUCUCUUUGACAUCCUCAUGUUCUGAAUUGUUGGAGUGGCAGAACACCAUCGACCGAUAUUUUGCACAUACUUCGAGUUUCUACUUUGGAGAAAAUGCCUUUUCUUUGCGCAAUCAAGCCUUUGAUGACAUGCUAUGGGUGGUUCUCGGCUGGCUCGAGAAUGUGAAAUUGGUGGAUCUUUUUGCAUCUAAGCAUUGGGACUUGCCCCUGUCCCAGUCCCCCACAUCCAUAUCCUCGGGAGGCUGGUAUGGUUUGCAGUUUAAGCCGAUGGCUGCACAUCGCGCCCGCGUCUUUUACGAUCUUGCGUCUGCUGGUUGGGACGAGUCUCUCUGCGGAGGUGGCAUGACCUGGAAUCCCUACCUAACACCUUACAAAAAUGCCAUUACCAACGAACUCUUCGCGGCCGCAAGUAUUGCCAUGUACUUGUAUUUUCCCGGUGAUAACAAUACGUCGCCGUUCAUGUCGCAGACGUCGGACAGUCUCCCGCAGCCACGUGAUCCUGUAUAUUUGGACAACGCAAUCAAGAGCUACAAGUGGCUCGUCGAAAGCAACAUGGCCAACGAAAAGUCGGGAUUAUACCAAGAUGGAUUUCACAUCAGGGGAUGGCGCCGUUAUCCCAACGGCACCAUCAACCCAGGCACCGAGCAAUGCGAUGAGCUCGACUCGAUGGUCUACACAUACAACCAAGGGGUGAUCCUGUCGGCUGGUCGUGGCCUGUGGCUCGCGACAGGUGCUCGGAGUUAUCUCGACGACGGCCACAAGUUGGUGGAAAACGUCAUCCGUGCCACGGGUUGGCCCAAUGACGGGCCAUCGUGGGCUGGUCUGGGCCGAGGCGGUGUAUUGGAAGAGGUCUGCGACCACGGCGGCUACUGCAGUCAGAAUGGGCAGACAUUUAAGGGCAUCUUCUUCCAUCACCUGACUGAGUUUUGCCGUCCUCUGUGGCCACAAGAAGAGGCGUUUGUGGCGAGUGGCACGUCGAAGGACUUUGACGAGGCAGUGUAUCAAUACCACCUGGCGCGCUGUGCCGCUUACGACAAGUGGAUUAAGCACAAUGCUGACGCUGCGUUGGCAACACGUGACUAUGACGGUCGCUUCGGUAUGUGGUGGACUUUUGACGAGCUGGACGAUGAUGCAAUGUCCCAAAUUGACAAGACGACCGAGUUGCCCCCAGGAGCUAUUGAUCAGCAAAACCCGCGACCACAGAAUUGGGUGGACCGACCGCUAAAGGGGCAAGAUGUCAAUGACCGUGGGCGAGGGAGAACGGUGGAGACACAAAGUGGCGGAUUAGCGGUGUUACGCGCAAAGUGGCACUGGGAACAUCAUCUGCAUGAGUUCUCCAUCUAGGUAGUAGCCCGAGGGGCCGUGAAGCCGACCUCGGGAGGAGUUGGGUCGGUGGUACAAUACGAAUACUCAAUGCCUCCUUUCAAGGUCAUUUAUCAUUC